AUGUCAGAGCGCCUUCGAGAAAGACUGGGUUUAUUAUCCGAGGAGUUUGAUGGAAGCCUUCGAUCCGCCUCUCCAUCCGGUAGUCGUUCUCCACGAAGAAUGAGCCGAUCACCGCGACCUCACGGAGCUCAUGAGCCUGCAAUCGCUGUGACGCGGCCUUUCGUGAGACAAUCCCAUCCGGAAAUCGCUGCAUGGCCUGCACCACCGCCAGCUCAUCAAUUGAGUUGCUUAUCUGGAAAUGUUCGAACACCGGUUGGAGGACCAGCUCCACCUUCCCCAGUUCUCAGAAGAGCACCGAGUGGUCCGAUAUCACCCUCACCAAUAUCACCAGUUAGCCAACAUUCACGUGCCAGCUCCAAACAUGACAUAGACAACACUUCGCUUCUCACAGUACUCAAAAUGUCUCAUGUAGCCCGAGACUCAUCAAGAAACACAUCUAGGACUAAUUCUCCCCAGCCUGCCGGUCGUGAAACAGAGCUCAAGCGAAAAAUUCAAACUCUGGAAGAGACUGUAGCAGAAUAUGAACGACAAAAAAACAAUGUAAUGGGUACAUUCAGUGAAUACAGAGAACGAGUUGCUGAACGAGAACGAAAACUAGAAGCCGAGUACUCCAGUAAGAUCAUUGCAUUAUCAGAGGAAGUGUUAGGUGCUAAGAAGGACUUCGAAGCAAGGAUGAAGAGUUUUCAAGCGCUACAAGACAAGUUCGAGCGAGAAAAAGAGCAAGCCUUGGAGAAGCUGAGAAAAGAGCAUCAGAAGGAAAUUCAAGUUUUGGAGCAGAGAUUUUCAGAUACCCAACUGCUCAAUCUCGAACAGAAAUAUAUUCUUGAAAUUCAACGGUUGGAAGAAGAGCGUAAAUCUUUGCGAUCCGAAAAAGAACGACUUGGAGAGACUUUUGAGAUGAAGUUGAGACGGGCACAGUCUCUGUAUGAAACCGAGUUGACUGCUGCAAAAAUGCUGUAUACCAAGGAACUGGAGGCUUUGAGAGAUCAUGAAGAAGCACUGAAGGAAGAGCUUCUGGCUAGACAAGACGAGUUUCAUGAUCGUCUUCAAGAAUUGCAACUUCAAUCCAAAAGAAGUCGCGAAGACCUGAACUCUUGUAAGAAUGAGGUUACGGCUCUAGAGAAGAAACUUCAGAACAAGGAGAAGGAAGUGCAGGCGUUGACUAAGGAGCUGGAUCAAGUAAAGACUGAGACGAAUGACAACAUUCGGCGAUUGACAGCAGUCACUUCUGAAUUCACAGAAUGCAAACAUAAAUUCCAGCAACAAGAGGAAGAAUUAAGACGGAAAGCUCGAUUGCUCACUGUUGUUGAAGCUGCUAAAGAGAAAUUGGAAUCUGUGAUUUCCGAUUUGCAAAUCGAAGUGAAGGCAUUGAAGAACAAAGUUGAAUUCCUUGAAACUGAGCGAAGAAACCUUCAAAGUCAAAGCGAAAGCCAGACUCAACUUCAAUCAUCUCAAGUCAAUGCUCUUGAAGCUGUUCUUGAUAGUGUAACCAAGGAAAAGGAGAACACGAAAGAGCACUAUGAAAGUCUCCUUCUCAAAGAACGACAACAAGCUGAAAUCAGAGAGCACGCGAUGAAAAAGGAGUUUAGUUGCAAGUUAAAUGAGUUGGAAGAACAGUAUACCAGUCUGAAGGAGGAAUUGGAAGAGUCGGCACGUCUUGAUAAAGACGAGCUUCGCGAGUCUUCGCAGAUUGAGAUUCAAGCUUUGCGAACCGAGAAGAGUAUUCUAGCUGCUGAAAUCAGAGUGUUGACUCAAAAGAUUGAGGAUGAAGAGCAAGAUGAUAUCACUGAACAGCUCGCGAAGAUUGUGGAGGACACUUCUCAACUGACCAGGACUCUUGAGGAAUACCGAGAGAGAAUCACUGGAAAAGAUGCCGAAAUCAUGACUCUCCGAAAACAACUGGAGAAGGAAAUCACUCACACCGAGGAUAGGAACCGAUUGUUGCAAGAGAACACACAGAAAGAGCUGGAAGAUCACAAAGAGAAGCACUCCGAGACUGUACGCGUUCUUAAUGCUGAGAUAGAAAUCAAACUAUCUAAAUUUCAGAUUGACCAGUUCAAGAGUGCAUUUGAGAACGAGAAGGAGUACGGUAAGGAGAAGUCCACAAAGAUUAGGGAAUUGGAAGCUCAAAACAAAUCACUAUUCAAUGAAUUGGAGAAGGUCAAGCAUGAAGCGGUGCAGUUGGAAGCUUCAAAUUCUGGAAACGAAGAGCUCCAGAAUGAACUUGAAGCUAAGAACAAGAAUAUUGAGUCUUUGGAGCAAGAGGUUGCCAAACUCAAUGAGAAGAUUGCUGCUCAAGAGGCGAGUAAGAACAAUGAGUUGGAAAAGACAAUUGCUGAACUUGAAAAUGACAAUAGCUCAAAGACAGAUCAGAUCGAGAAGUUGCAUUCGAGAGUCAACGAAAUGCUAGAGCAGGUGGGCAGCAUCCAAGAGGAGUUGGUGAAAAAGAAUGAGGAAAUCAAAACUAUCACCGCCAGAUCAACUCAACUAACUGAAAUCAAUAUCACUCAAGCCACCGAAUCGAAAGCCAAACUUGAAUCUGUCUCAGAAGAACACGAGGAGGAGAUGAAGAAAUAUCAAGAGCAAAUUGUGGAAAAGGAAAAGGAAGUGUCAACCAAGUCUGAAAGAAUUGGAGAACUUGAAACUUGCUUGAAAGAGCGUGAAGUAGAGCUGACAGACAUGCGAAAUAAGCUUGAGGAUAUGACCCAACAGUUGAACGAAGAAACGACAGUGGUGCUUUUCGACAACUCCAUUCAAGAGAAAAUAAACGAAAAAGAGACAGCGAUUAGCGAAUUGACUCAGAAAUUGGAGUCAAGGGAUUCUGAAAUCGCCCAACUUCACGAAGAAAUGAAUAAUCAACAACGACAGGCUGAGAAGAAAUACGAGGAAAAAGAGACGCUGUUGAGAGAACUUAGAAUGGAAAAAGAGCACUUUGAAGCUGAAAAGGCAGAGCAGCAACGAAUUGAGGCUGAAGUAGGAAACGUUUUUCAAUUGGAGCAUGAAGCUGAGUGGAAGGAGAAGGUUGAGAAUCUAGAGACUGCUCUUCAGAGAAAAAACGAAUUAAUCCAACAGCUACAAGAACGGCUCACAGAUGAAUCCACAUCAGAACCUCAUAUCAAGAAACGAAUGAGCAUCACUUCUCAUGGUGUCUUUCAAAACUUUGUAAGCCAAAUGAAAGAUAAACGAGAAGAGGCUAGUGAGAAACGGACCAGAAAGGAAGCUGAAAAGAAAGCAGAAAAGGAGAAGGAGAAAGCUGAAAAGGCAGCUAAAGAAGCUGCUAAAGAACUGGCCCGUGAAAAAUCCCCAGCUCGCGCAAAGUCACCAUCCAUUCUAACCAGAUUCCGUGAUCGUAGUCCUGCGAAAUCAAAGUUGGACAAUCUGGAGACGACCGAAUCCACUUCUAGCAGAAAUUUGCUCUCUCCUUUUGAUGCUGAGAAACGAAUGGAACGAAGUUCUCCAUCACGACCACUCUUCAGCAAAUCGUCCAAGAAGGAAGGUUCCUCUUCGGAGAAACGACCCGCUUGGAAAUUCUAA